GCAGCGAGCGGACGGGCGGCAUGGAGCCCCGCGGGGCGGAUGGCUGCUUCCUGGGCGACGUGGGUUUCUGGGUGGAGCGCACCCCCGUGCACGAGGCGGCCCAGCGUGGCGAGACCCUGCAGCUGCAGCGGCUGAUCGAGAGCGGCGCGUGUGUCAACCAGGUCACAGUGGACUCCAUCACGCCGCUGCACGCAGCCAGCCUGCAGGGCCAGGUGCAGUGUGUGCAGCUACUGCUGGCUGCCGGGGCGCAGGUGGAUGCCCGCAACAUUGACGGCAGCACGCCCCUGUGUGAUGCCUGUGCCUCAGGCAGCAUCGAGUGCGUGAAGCUCCUGCUGUCCUACGGGGCCAAGGUCAACCCACCCCUGUACACGGCAUCCCCGCUGCACGAGGCCUGCAUGAGCGGAAGUUCUGAAUGUGUGAGGCUGCUUAUUGACGUUGGGGCCAACCUGGAAGCACAUGACUGCCAUUUUGGGACCCCUCUUCAUGUUGCCUGUGCCCGGGAGCAUCUGGACUGCGUCAAAGUGCUGCUUAAUGCAGGGGCCAAUGUGAACGCAGCGAAGCUUCAUGAGACCGCCCUGCAUCAUGCAGCCAAGGUGAAGAACGUUGACCUCAUCGAGAUGCUCGUUGAGUUUGGAGGCAACAUCUACGCACGGGACAACCGGGGGAAGAAGCCAUCCGACUACGCAUGGAACAGCAGCGCGCCUGCCAAGUGCCUGGAGUUCUACGAAAAAACACCUCUGACCCUGUCGCAGCUCUGCAGGGUGAGCUUGAGGAGGGCCACUGGUGUCAGAGGACUGGAGAAAAUCACCAAGUUGAACAUCCCUCCCCGGCUCAUCGAUUACCUUUCCUACAACUGAGCUGCAGGCGCGGGAGGCAG